UUUUGGAACCCUCAUUGCGAUUGGAGUUACCGUUUGUGCAGUGAUUGUCAUCACUAUAAUCCUGUGCCUCACCUGUUCCUGCUGCUGUCUGUACAAAGCCUGUCGAAGGCCACAGCCUGUUGUGACCACCACUGCUACCACUACAGUGGUUCAUGCUCCCUAUCCCCAGCAGCCCGGAGUGCCACCCAGCUACCCAGUAGCCCCAACCUCGUAUCAGGGCUAUCAUCCUGUGGCCAUCCAACCUCAGCCGGGACUACCAGUGGCACCGUACCCUGCACAAUAUCCCCCCCCAUACCCCAUGCAGCCGCCGGGACCCCCUGCCUAUCAUGAGACUGUGGCAGCUGGUGCUGGAGCCCCUUACCCAGUCAGCCAGCCCCCUUACAACCCUGCAUACAUGGACCCUCAGAAGCCCACCUACUGA